AUGUCCCAACUAUCAUCUGCAAAAGUACCAAUAUUCUUAAUAAAUAAAAAUAUCGUUAGACUCAUCCAUUCUACUCAAUCACUUUGUAACAGUAUUGACAAAUUAAAGGCAAAACAAUGGGUAGACUGCUUAAAAAUAGACAAUAUCCCUUCAAGUAUGUUCUUCUCCAAGUUUAGUAGAUCUAGUGGUCCAGGUGGUCAAAACGUUAAUAAAGUUAACAGCAAAUGUACACUAAUCAUGUAUGAUUUCCAUCAAAACAAAUGGAUCCCACAAUAUGUUAAAGAUCAAUUGUUGCAAAAUCCAGGGUUUAGGUAUUAUACCAGCAAAAAAGACGCUUUGGUCAUACAAUCCGAUGAAAGUAGGUCAAGUGAAGAUAAUAAAAGGUUAUGUCUAGAAAAAUUUGUAAAAAUGAUUAAACAGCUAGUUUAUUUCCCAAAGGAUCCCGAUUCAAAGAGCAUAGAAAAAUGGGUAAAUGUCAAGAAGAAAAGCAAUGAGCAUAGAUUGCAAAAUAAAAAAUUCCAAAAAGAUAAAAAGUUGACAAGAAAAAAAGUGUUGAACUAUGAUUUCUAA